AUGACUAAAAUAGAACGCAGAGAAAAAAGAUACGCUGCCAUGGCGGAUGAUUUAUCCAUUGUAAGCCAGGGUAUGGUAUACACCGAGCUGAAUGAGAUGUUUUCCAAGUUCAUGAUAAACGAUGAGUACGCCGGCAUGGACUACAAGCCAUACAGCAGCCCCAUUGAAAUCACACUGAAGCUUGGAAAGCCAGCAGGCAUGCUGGAGAACAACAAGCUCAGAAUUAAGCAGCUUAUUACUCUUAUUCAGAUGAGAUUCAGGCUUGAGGAGGGAUCUGUCUCUAUUUUCAUAGAGCAGGUGAAAAACAAGGCUCUCAACGCACAGAUCCAGGCAAACCAGAUCAGAGAGAAGAUUGGAGCAUCUCUUCCCGUCAGAAGAGCUGUGUCUGGCGCAAUUCGAACCAUUAUGGAAGGCGGAGCAGCUGGUGUAGAGGUCAUUAUAUCAGGAAAGCUGAAGGGACAGAGAGCAAGAAGCUACAAAGUAGUGGGCGGUAUUAUGAAACACUCUGGAGAUUCUAUCAAGGACUACGUAAAGAAAGGAAUGUCCAGCAUUCUUCUGAAGCAGGGAAUCCUAGGAAUCAAGGUGGCAAUUACCCUAAAGCACGACCCAACCGGAAAGAUCGGAACUGCAGUGCAGCACCCAAGCAGCGUAACUAUCUUCUCACAGGAGGAGCUUGCGCAGAAGAAGAAAGUAAAGGCAUAUCCUGCAAAGGCAUACAGCCACAGCAAAUAA